AAGCUGUACCAAGGCCCCACUGUAGUAUCGACAAUCACUGAGGAAGGGGAACGACUUUUGUCCAAAUUUUUGGAAGACAGUUCGGUGGCAGUUCAUUUCAGGAACGACGUCUGCAUCGAAAAUGGGGCUGAUGAUAACAGAAUCGUUCCUCGGUUUUACCAAGAAGUGAACUGGUUCUCUCUCGUCGAAAAAGUGACGGGUGAAGACAAUAGAGAGAACCGGGUGGAGUUGUAUGAUUGGGUCCACGUCAAAGGUAACAAUGACGAAGUCAUUUAUGACAAGAUAAUUGACUGGACUCGUUCUUACUUUGCCAAUAUACAAACCAUUUUGGCUGACUCUACCCAAGACCACUACUACUAUCGGACAAGGGUGAUGGAAUCAACAGCCAUGGACAUUCAGACUACAGGUCUGAGCUGCCUCAGUGACGAAUCCUGCAAAAAGUAUGCAGACACUUGGGCUAGGCUUGUAGUCAUGAUAAUCCGGGCUGUUGAUGGUAGAAACGAGACGUUCUCGGACUUUGGUAGGGUUUGCCUUACAAGAGAAAUGGAGGAUUCCGCUAGAAAAUUUUUGAAUUGUAUCAAGCUCGAGGUGGUGGGUAACUCGGGUUCAAUCGGGCGCAAGAUUCAGGAGUUUUUUCUUUUUUUGGUCCGUCUUCCUAACCCACCAGGUCAUGAACGACACAAGUCGAUGAUCACGUUGUUCAUGGCCUUCAGUCAAAUAAGUCAUGACGGACAAUGGAAGCAGGCUAAUGCCGCAAGUGCCGCCCCUGCAAGACUUAGGUACUGCAUGCGAAGCAUUGUCUUGAAAGAAAUCAUCGACCAAGAAUCGCAAUAAACCUUUUUUUUUAUCUUUUAAAACUCCCUUGAUUACUAUGUUAGACGAACUGAACCUUUUUGAUGCUAUUAGAGCAGCAUAUACAAAUCUAUAAGACAUUCUAUAUUUGGGAUCGUAUUUUAUUCAUUGCAAAGAUAAUGAAUAACUGAUCAACAACAGCUAUUAUUCUCUACUGCCAAUUACACUUGACAAACAAGUAUGCAACUUUUACAGUAAC